AUGGCAAGUACCCAGUUGACACCACGACCUAGAAUGACGAAAAAACACGAAAAGCCACGGCCUUUGAAACUUAAUCUUCGACACUCAAGUAUUGAUGAGAGAAUUGCUACAGUUGAAGACUUGGUCUCUCUCAUUGAUAAUGUAGCUUCGAAUUUAUCGAAUGGUUUUCACGACCCAACACUUCAGCAGAAUAUUAUUACUAUGUGUAAUACUUUAAAACAAUGUGCUCAUCAAUUCGAACCAGUUUAUAAAGAUCAAUUGGACAGAGCUUUUGUAGCCAUACGCAAUGGAAGCCAAGACGAAAGACUCGAUCUGACGACAAGAAUUCAUUUACUGGAGCUAAUUGAACUGAGAGCUAAGCAAUGGCGCUACAAUGACUCAAUGGAUGCUUACUAUGCAUCCAAGCUUGCUGAUUUAAAUGAACCGGAUAAUAUGAUCGGCGUUGAUGGGAUAAACAACCAAGUAGCAACCCUCAAUCUGACUUCACCCCAAACGCCUCCAGUGCUCGGUGUCGGUGAAGUUAUAAAAACCAGCGGAAAAUUCACUAAACCCACGCGAAUUCCCGGUAAAAAUUACUGCAAAGAUGAAGUUGUGAUUCGCAACAGCGACUCUGGAAAAGGGAAGACGUGUUCACAUGAUAGAGGAGCUCAGCGAGACGAUCAUCUCCUUUCAGCGAGUUACGCGAAAGAUUUAAUCAAGGAAACAAUCCAACGAAAUGCUUCACCAGUCCGAAUGGGACCGGCCAGAGCUGCUGACUCGAGCGGUAUCGGAGGAUCAAGCUCAUCUCUGAACAGCAGCGCUUCAGACGAAAGUAAUCGUCUUUCUCAGCAGUUCCAGCAGCCAUCGCAGAUUCGUUCAACACUGCUUCACAGCCUGUCGACCAAUGACGCGAGCAUUGGCGACUACAAGCACACCGUAAACGUCGGCAAUCAUUCAUUAAAAAUAACUGGAAGCAACUUGAAUCUUGUGAGAACAGCCAAAAUCAUUCUCGAUGAGCACUUUUCCAAGUGGUCUGGAGACAGUGGGAUCGAGAGUUUUGAUUUUACUGAUGACUUUCCAUCUUUUCCCAACACUCCUAUCAAUAAUCAGCAGAUCAAAAUCCCCGAUAAUAAUGCUAAUGUUGAUGUUGAUGCUGCUGUAAAAAGGGAAAAUAGCUUGGAGAGUAAUGCGACUUCCGAGAGCGAAGAAACUUUUAAGUCUAAUAAUCAAACGAUUAAAGAAAAAAUUAAUAAUCGACGAAACGGUCCUUACGCAAAGCGACCACCAGCUAACUGGGCGCGCAUAAAAGAAGAAUGUCCCAAUAUUAUUCGUAAGUCACCGAUUCGCUGGUUCGAACCGGACACUUACAAAGCCAAAGUCGCAGCCGCAGGGAUGAGAACUGUGCUGUCUUCAGCUGAAGAAAUUGAUUUAGAAUGA